UGCAGAGAAAAGAGGAGUUGGGGUUUAUGGCUACAACCCUACUUGCAACUCUGCUUCAGCUCCUCCUCUAAUUCACUUUUUAGAUAAUAAUUUCCCACAAAACAAUACCAAGAAGAUGUUUCUACUUUAAUGGCGAUUCUUCACACAAAUUUUCACUCUUUCUUGCUCUUCUCUAAACUCACACCUACCAUGUUACAGAACAGGGCUUUACAGUACUGCACUGGCUUACAUUUUCGGCAUUCUUCAUUUGGAGGAAGAUUGGAUAGUUUUGUUGACCUCAAUUUGAAUAAAAAUAGGGUAUCUUGUGUAUCUUUAGUUGAUUAUCCCAGGGCAAUUAGGCUCGAGUCUCGGGUAAUUUCUCGUAGUUGUGUAAGCCGUGUUGAGGAGCCUAGGGGGGUUUCUGGUAUUGUCAGGUCGGUUGGGGUGUUUGGUAAUGGAUUGGUACCUAGAGGUGCUGUUGCAAAAAGGUUUUUUUGUCAUAUAUCUGAAGGGGGGACAGGAAAAGGUGGUAACUUUUGUUUUAAAGAUGAAAAGAAAUCAUCUUUUGAUGUUUUUAAUAAACACAAGAAGCGUGCAAAGGGGAACCAAAUCGCAGGGUAUAGUUCUUCUAGCUCUAGAAUAGCAGCUAGUGAGGAUGUUGAUUCUGUCACUUCGAGUAUAAUUGAGGAAGUUAAGAAGGAUGUGAAUGGGAGCACGGCUAAAUCAAAACCAAAGAAGCAAUCUGGAAGCAGAAUACGUCCAAAGAAAUCUUCGGAUGCUACUGCCAGUGAGGCAGUUGAGCCUAAAGUUUCAAAAGGUACAGCUACUCGCAAAAAGAAUACUAAAGUCGCACAGAGUGAACAAGUUUCUCUAGAGUUGGAGGGUGUUGCAGUUCAGCCCAAAGUUUCAAAAACUACAUCUCAAAAAAAGAAGGCCAGGGUCGCACAAAUUAAUCAGCUUUCUGCAGAGCCGGAGAAAAGCACAACUGAUGCCGUGACAGAAAAAUUGCUCGAUAGUUCUGUUCCCACACCCCAGCAAAAUAAAAAGAAAGUAAAGAGAAAGCCAAAGCCAAAAAGCAAAGCUGUUCCUUCACCAAAGGCUGAGGAGCCGAGUGUUUCAUCUGCUAUUGAUUUACCACAGAAAGAAACUUCACAGACAAGUGUGAAAACAAAGCCUCGUAAACAAAGAGUAAUAAAACAAUUAUAUCCUCCCACUGGCAAAUCCGUGCUGGUAGUUGAAUCUGUCACAAAGGCAAAAGUCAUCCAAGGAUACCUUGGUGACAUGUUUGAAGUUAUCCCUAGUUAUGGUCAUGUCAGGGACUUGGCUGCAAGGUCAGGAUCUGUGCGGCCUGACGAAGACUUUAGUAUGGUAUGGGAGGUUCCAUCUGCUGCAUGGACACAUUUGAAAAGUAUCAAGGUCGCAUUGAGUGGUGCGAAAAAUCUCAUCCUUGCAUCAGACCCUGAUCGUGAAGGGGAGGCUAUUGCUUGGCACAUCAUUGAGAUGUUGGAACAACAAGAUGCUUUACAUGAUGAUAUUAAUUUAGCGAGGGUUGUCUUCAACGAAAUAACUGAAGCUUCUAUUAAAAGUGCCCUGUUGGCUCCUAGGGAUAUAGAUGCAAAUUUGGUUAAUUCUUAUCUUGCACGACGUGCCCUUGAUUAUUUAAUUGGGUUUAACAUUUCACCAGUAUUGUGGAGGAAGUUACCUGGUUGCAGGUCAGCUGGUCGUGUCCAAUCUGCUGCUCUUUCCUUAAUAUGCGAUAGAGAAAUGGAAAUAGACGGGUUUAAACCACAAGAAUAUUGGACAGUUGAUGUAGUGUUUAAAGAAGGCGGAUCAAGUUCACCUGUUGAUAGUAACUCAAUUUCAUCAUACUUGACCCAUUUCCAGUCCAAGAAAUUAAGCAAGCUUUCAAUUAGCUCUCAAACAAAAGCAAUUGAUAUUCAAGGAGAAAUUGAGGCUUCAAAGUUUGAAGUGAGUAACUCUAAGAGAAGCAAAAUGCGGAAAAAUCCUCCCCCGCCAUAUAUUACGUCAUCACUUCAGCAAGAUGCUGCAAAUAAACUAAAUUUUCCUGCAACAUACACAAUGAAGCUUGCACAAAAAUUGUAUGAAGGAGUUCAAUUACCUGAUGGAGUCUCUGCGGGGUUGAUAACAUAUAUAAGAACAGAUGGCUUACACAUAUCUGAUGAAGCUUGUAAAGAUAUCUGCUCUUUGGUUAGAGAGAGGUAUGGAGAGAGUUUUGCAUCAGAUGGUGCUCGCAAGUAUUUUAAGAAGGUGAAAAACGCACAAGAAGCCCAUGAAGCAAUAAGGCCAACUAAUAUCCUUAGAAUGCCCUCAACUCUGGCUGGAGUGCUUGAUGAAGAUUCCUUGAAGCUUUACACCCUGAUAUGGUCUCGUACUUUGGCAUGCCAAAUGGAACCUGCUAUCUAUGAUCAGAUACAAGUUGAUAUUGGAAAUGCUAGCCGGUCCAUCAUAUUCAGAUCUUCAUGCUCCAGAACAGAGUUUUCAGGGUACCAAGCCGCCUUUGAGGAUGUUGAGACUAGAGCUAUCAGAAAUCGGGAUAAUGAAGUGAAUGAUCGUUCUGAUGUUUCUGAUGUCCUCAGUAAUCUAAAGGCUGGGGAUCCACUGUGUCUGGGUAAAGUUGAUCUCAAACAGCAUCAUACUCAACCUCCACCACGGUUCUCCGAAGGUUCAUUGGUUAAAACUCUGGAGGAGCUUGGAAUUGGUAGACCUUCUACAUAUGCAAGUACGAUGAAAGUUCUGCAGGACAGAAAUUAUAUCACAGUAAAAAGUAGAAUAUUAUAUCCAGAGUUCCGUGGUAGAAUGUUAUCAGCGUUUCUUUCUAAUCACUUCUCCGAGGUAACAGAUUAUAGUUUCACAGCUGAUAUGGAGACUGAGCUUGAUAAUGUUUCUGCUGGAUUAACUGAAUGGAAAGGCCUCCUUGGAGAUUAUUGGACAAGGUUUAGUAAGUAUUGCGAGUCUACCAGUAAUGUACAUAUUCAUGAAGUGGAGAAGAUGUUGGAGAGAACAUUUGGGGAUUUUUUGUUUACCUCACUUCCGAAUAAAAGUAGGACAUGCCCAAGUUGCAGGGAGGGCACUUUAAUUUUCAAAGUCAGUAGGUUUGGAGUCGGCUAUUUUAUAGGUUGUGAUCAACAUCCACGAUGCAAGUACAUUGCCAAAACAAUACAUGGUGGUGAUGAUGAUGAUGAUGAUGAAGUUGGUUCUGAGAAUCACAAUUUGGAAGAACCCAAGGUUUUAGGUGUAAAACCUGGUACUGAUGAAAAGAUUCUUUUGAAAAAUGGUCCAUAUGGUUACUAUGUUCAACUUGGUGUUGACAGAAAGGGUUAUUUGCCUAAACGAGCUUCUGUCAAUCAAGUAAAAGAUACAUCAUCUAUUACCCUUGAGGACGCCCUUGAAAUGCUGCGAUAUCCUGUGACAUUGGGAGAACAUCCAGAAGAUGGCCAUCCCGUUAUACUAAAGCUUGCAAGAUUCGGAUUUUCUAUAAAACAUCGACGUACAGUAUCUCCUGUACCCAAGAACGUGAAGCCGGAUGACAUAAGUCUUGAAAAAGCUCUGCAGAUCUUGCUUAGUAAAGAUGCCAAGAGAUCUGGCCGGCCAAAGAACAAACCGAAGUACGAAGAAAUAGAUGCUAUUGAGGUGAUGUGAGCAGCACAAGGCCUCAUAUUGCAGACUGAUGUAAAACUAUAUAUCCUCAUGAAGGCAGUGACAAUUUGAAGCUUCAAACGGAGCAUCCACGCAUACCUUUUUGUAGCACAACUGAAUAAAAACAGAAUUACUUCUUUUUCUAGGCCAGUUAGAUACUCAAUUUUGUUUUGGCACAGAUCCAUUGAUAUGUAUAUGUUGGGAACAUUUAAACAAUAUUAAACCUGGGUUCAUUCUGUAUAACUUAGGCUUUCCCUGUAAAAAUUACACUCUUGUAAACUCCGACUCUUUAAUUAUGUGCCAAAUACAGGUAAGCUCAACUAUUCAAGGUUGAAAAUUAUUACUACUGAUCAACAAAA